AUGUCGUUCCAACAGGAUGAAGGCUUUAUCAAUGCGGCAGAAAUGACCCAGGACAACCGCUUCCUUCUCCCGGGGUUUCACCGGCCACUGGACUUUUAUCCGAUGGAAAAGAACAUCUAUGGUGUCGAGUGUCGUAGCAUGUUUCCCACGGCGCUGGAUGAUAGGGAUAUCCAACGCGGAGAUGCCGAUCUCCCGGUGCAGACCCUCCGUGAGAUUGCCAUGGUAGAUGUCAUGGAGGACAUUACUGAUAUCCCGCAAUGGUGGACGAAGAUCCAUGAUCCCAGGGUGACGGAGGAGUGGAAAACGAUGGCGAUGAACAGCGGCCGAGAUGUCACGCUUAACAUGGCGAAUUGGAUCAUCGAAGAGCUCAAGUUCAAGGCCUUGAUCCAAGACGCCACGGGCGUAGUGGCUCUGUAUAAUGGAGACGUUACGAAGUCCGACGUCAACGUUCGUGAAGACCUUAAGGAGGAGCUGAAAACUGCCGUCAAGGUCCUGGAGUAUCCCGACCCGAAGCUCCACUUCUACAACCCCGAUAACUCAGAUAAACAGCACGAUUUCCUCUCCAUGGCCUUGUUCCCACUGGUCUACGGCAAAAGCCGCAUCCUGGGUGACCGACUCAUCGGUCUAGACGAUGCGCUCGACAACAUCGGCAAAGGCGAAACCAUCCCCAUGCCCAAGGAAACGGGGAUCACGCGCGAAGACAUUGCCUGGCGAGUACUCGCACGCGCAGACAUCGAAGUACGCCCCUACAGCCGCUUUUACCAGAUUCUGCCCACAGACUGGCAACUGGGCGACGACGACAAAUGGCACAUUCAAACAUACAUCAACAACCUGCACCCUGUCAAGCACCGCAACAUCUACAAGGUCAUCGAGCGGAUCUUCAACUGCCUAAUCCCGCAGUGGAACGCUACCCUUACGCCUCUGAAAGACCAGCUGCACUCGCGUGCACGCAUCGAGUACACCAAAGCCGAGUACUAUCCCAUUCCCAAGGAAGUGGCCGACGCGGCGCCGCAGAUCAAGCCACGCGAGGCGAACAGCGAGUUUGAAGAACGGCUUGAGAAGUGGCGUAUGGAACAUAUCCGUGCCAUCCAGCCCGAUGCGGGCACGUUUAUUCCCUGGGCUGUGCCGCCGUGGCUUAUGUCCAAGUUGCCCGAGGACUUGCCCAGUCCGGUCCGUAUUGAGGAGGGCGUCGAGCUAAACAAGGAUUACAAGCAACGAGGGCUCCAGGUUGUGACACGGCUGCUGGGCGUUGAUCUCAAGCCGGAAGAGCAGUACUAUGAGACGGAUUGGCAUGUUGAGCUACAGAUGAAUGAACACAUCUGCGCCGCAGCAUUCUACACCUACGACGCCGAAAACAUGGAAGUCCCAAACAUGGAAUUCCGCAACAUGGUCGAGACCUCAACGCUCAGCGAAGUAGAGCACGACCCGGGCGACUUCACCUGGCUGAAGCAAGUAUUCGGGCUGGAAAACGGCGAGCCAGCGAUCCAAAGCUCGGGCUCGAUCCGUUGCAAGGUCGGCCGCACGGUGAUGUACCCGAGCACGGUGCAGCACCGGCUCUCGCGCUUCGAGCUGAAAGACAAGACCAAGCCGGGGUAUUCGCGCGCGCUGGUGUUUCUCCUGGUGGAUCCGAAUAUCCGGAUUAUUUCCACCGCGAAUAUCCCGCCGCAACGCUAUGACUGGUGUCUCCCGGGGCCGACAGAUAACCCCGAGGAACUGUGCGAAGCUAUGCAAAAGCUGGCGCUGGAUAAUAUUGAUCAGAAGGGGGAUUUGCCCAUGUCUUUGGCGGAGGCGCUGGAGAUUCGGAAGGAUGUGCUGAAGGGGGGGACCGACUUUACUCGCUACCAGCAUGUUGUGUUUGAGUCGAAUUUGUUGAUGCUGUAA